AUGGCAGAGAAAUACGACGUGACAAUCUUUGGCGCAACGGGAUUCACCGGAAAGAACAUCCUCGACGAGGUCAUCAAGACCGCACCCAAGACAACCUUCCCUGGACAGCAACCGAUUCGUGUUGCGAUCGCGGGUCGGUCGCGUGAGAAACUUGAACAGCUCGUUGCGAGACUUCCUACGACGGGUGAAGGGGCCGCCGCUGGGAGUAUUAAGGUCGAUGUUAUUGUUGCAGAUGCGCAAGAUGAAGAGAGUAUGAGGGCUAUGUGUCGCGUUUCCAAGGUUGUCAUUGCUGCAGCUGGACCAUUCCGUUUCACGGGAGAGGCUGUUGUGAAGGCUUGUAUUCAGGAGGGCGCGCAUUACGUCGAUAUUACAGGAGAACCCGAGUUCAUUGAAGGAAUGAUGCUCAAAUACCACGAACAAGCCAAGAAGGAACAAGUCGCGAUUGUUCAUGUCUGUGGAUUCGACAGUAUCCCUGCGGAUCUCGGUGUCCUCUAUACCAAGCAGCAGUUGGAGAAGAACCACAACGCCUUGCCAUCGACGAUUGAGAUGUUUUUUAAACUCCACAUCGCUGGAAACUCUGGAUUCGCUGGAAACUAUGCCACCUACGCGUCGGCGGUGCAUGGAUUUGGGAGUGCGGGGUUAUUGCGUCAGUUGCGCAAGACCGCCAACCGACCCCAGAUUCCCAAGAUCGGACCUUCGUUGGCCGUCAACCCCAAGCCCCAUUGGGUCAGCAAGGUCGCUGCCUACACAAUCCCCUUCUUCUUUGCCGACCCCUCCGUCAUUCGCCUCUCUCAACAGUUGGUGCUCCAGGACAAGGAUCUGCAGGCAUCUCAAGCACCCCCUGUCCAGUUUUCGGCAUAUAUCUGUAUCCCUUCAUUCAAGACUCUGGUCAUAACCAUCUUUGCAUCGACUGCAUUUGGACUAUUGGCCAAGUAUGAGGCUGGACGCCGGUUCUUGUUGAAGCACCCUCGUUUGUUUACUUUGGGGGUCUUCUCCCAUGAUGGACCUAGCAAGCAGCAGUUGGCGGAGACGUCAUUCUCGGAGACUUUCUAUGCGCAAGGAUAUUCAAAGGAAUUGAGGGAUAAGCACCCUAACCCCGAGGAUCUCCGUUGCGUUCAGCCCGAUGUCUCUUUGGUCACCAGCGUCUCUGGACCCGAGCCAGGAUAUGUGGCGACACCCAAGAUGGUUGUGCAGGCAGCAUACACGCUGUUGCGACAGAAGGACAAGGUCCCCAAUGGCGUAUUGACUCCGGCAGUUGCCUUUGCCAGGACGGAUUUGAUUGAUCGUCUGCAGGAGCAGGGUAUCGUCUUUUCGACUGUUGUCAAGAACUAA